AUGGCAGCCUCCGAUGCUAUAGUUACUUACUCUUCACUUUCUAAGCUUGAUAAGGAAAACACUACCCAUUUUGGCUACGACGCCAUGAAUCAUAAAAGUGAAUCUGUGUGGACUGAGCCUAAGCCUGACACCACCUGUGCUCAAUUAGGGCCAACUUUCUCUGACAAAGCGAUAUUCUAUCAGUUCCCCCCUCAGGAUGAUGACCUGUUUGAUGGAGGUUAUGAAUCAGGUGAUAAUGCUGGUGGGUUUGUACCCUCUAACAUGCGUCCAGAGGUGAACUUAAAGAAUGUGCUUUCUGGGAUCUUUGCUAUUUUGACUGGACGGAACAAGGCUCCAAGUCCGAGGUUUGCUGCAAACCAGCACCCAAGUUCAAAUGUGUCAUUUCUGGGCUGUGGAAAGAAUGGGGAUAUUUUCCUUGACUCUUCAGUUUACACACCAAGUGCACCACCGCUCUGUCUUCCUAACGGGAGUGAUUAUAGUUCAUACAAAGAGGUGUUGGAAGCUGAACCCCCUGAGUGGCUCCCUGAUAGUUCUACUACUGUUUGUAUGCAGUGUGAUGCUCCAUUUACUGCAGUUACUCGUGGUAGACAUCAUUGCCGGUUUUGUGGAGGGAUUUUCUGUCGAAUAUGUACCAAGGGGCGGUCUUUAUUACCUGUUGGGUUCAGGGAAAGGAAUCCUCAAAGGGUUUGUGAUGCCUGCUAUGAUCGGCUUGAUCCUUUACAGGGUGUUCUUAUCAACACCAUUAGCAAUGCUACACAGGUGGCUAAGCAUGAUGUUAUGGACUGGACUUGUGGUAGAGGAUGGGUUAAUCUUCCUAUUGCUUUAUCCAUGGAGCAUGAGAUAUAUAAAGCAUCUAAUACAUUGAGAAACUACUGUCAGGUGGCCAAAUCCAAUACUGAAAAGUCCAUCCCUUUAUCAGUUCUUAAAAGUGCCAAGGGCUUAGCAAUUUUAACAGUUGCCAAAGUUGGUGCACUGGUCUCUUACAAACUGGGUACUGGCUUGGUUGUUGCUCGAAGAUCGGAUGGAUCAUGGUCUGCACCGUCAGCUAUAUUCUCCCUGGGUUUAGGAUGGGGUGCUCAGAUUGGCGGUGAACUUAUGGAUUUUAUAGUUGUUCUUCGUGACAUGAAAGCUGUGAAGACAUUCUGCAGUCGCAUGCAUUUUUCUCUUGGUGCUGGUUGCAGUGCUGCAGCAGGGCCUGUUGGGAGAGUGCUUGAGGCAGAUAUUCGUGCUGGUGACAGAGGAACUGCCAUGUGUUAUACUUACAGUUGCAGUAAAGGUGCAUUUGUGGGAGUGUCUUUGGAAGGAAAUAUGGUUGCAACCAGGAUGGAUGCCAAUUUCCGCUUUUAUGGUGAUCCUUACCUCACCACAUCUGACAUUCUACUGGGGAUGGUGGACAGACCAAAGGCUGCUCAACCCUUGUAUGCCAGUCUUCAAGAACUAUAUUCCUGUUUACGUUUCUAA